CGCUCGGUGGAGUAGUAGCUGGUCGUGCCGCGUCUGUUAAAGCCGGAGAGAGGAAGUGUUACACUCGGUUGGGGUUAAACGGUUCUGUAAUGUUAUUUCUUUUAUGUUAAGUUGCUUUACGCUCUCCACUGAGGAAUGAGGAGUAAGACUAAAGAGAAAACAUCCCGCGUUAACUCAGUCGAGCUAUCCACCGCUUAGCUAGCCUACAGGCUAGCUCGGCUGCAUGGAGCGGCAGCGGGGCUUCUGUAGCUUCUCCCCGGGCGAGUCCGCACGCUGCGGGGCUGGGGUCACUACCAUGCGUUUGUCCAUCACCUCGACCACCGGCAGUCCCGUGGAGCUCACUGUCCCCCGAGGAGAGACAGUGGAGGGACUGAGGACACACAUCUCCCACAAACUCCGACUGCAAACAGACAGAAUCGCCCUCCUGUACAGAGACAAGCAGCUGACUGCAGGCAAACUGGUGGACCUGGGUGUAGCAGAUGGAAGCAAACUGACCCUGGUCCCUGCCAUUGAAGCUGGUUUGGUGUGCCCCACUGUCAGAGCUGAGAGAACCAUGAUGGACGUCUUGGAAAGUUUAACAGAAGACCAGAUCAGUGACUUCCUCUCUGGGCGCUUGCCUCUGACCAUUAAACUGGGAAUUGGCGCCCACAUGAUGUAUGUGCAGCUCCAACUGUCUGCACAGAACGUGGCGGAGCUACAGCAGCACCGGGACUUAAGAGCUGGGAGCCAUCCUGACUGCUCCACCAACACCACAGGGUCCCCCACCUUACCUGCUUCUCAAAGUUCUACUAUAGCCCAGGACUCUUCUGACUCUGCAUCCUCAAUCCAAAUGGACACUCGGAGACCCAGGACUUCGCACUCACUCACUACUGCCCCUCCACAUCAGUCCUGUCCUCCGGGCUCUACGCUCACGUUUCCUCCUCUUCUUUCAACCCCUUCUUUGCCUUCUGGUUGUCCACAUCCCAGCUGUCCGCUACCAGGAGCCACACCGGUCUGUUCACCUGCUCCCACCAGCUCCAUUCCAGGACCCCAGAGCCCAGCGCCAGCCUCAACCUUUAAAGAGAGGAAUGCUCCUGCAUCAUCUACUGCAGAGCCAUGCAAGCCGCCAGGAGCGGUCAUAGAAAGUUUUGUGAGCCACUCUCCAGGCGUCUUCUCAGGGACUUUCUCUGGCACUCUGGCCCCUUGCAGUCCGAGCAACGUCAGCCAUCCUUCACGCGGCAUCGCCAUCAUUCUCCAGAUCCUCAACGAUCUCAUCAGGGCUGCCUACCACCACCAGGGGGCUCAACCCGCCCCUCCUCAUCCUCCUCGUCCUCCUCGUCCUGAUGCCAACGCUCCAGCCAGCCCGCUGCUCCCAGCCGAGGAGCACAGCGGAGCAAAAAGCAGAACACCGGCGACCCAGAAGGCCGAGCACCUUGGCAAAACUCCAGGUGAGGAGAGUCAACCCAUCUGCUCAUCCACACAGGAAGUUCAAACACUGCACUGUAAGCUGGAGCGUCUGCAGUUUUUGAUGCAUCAGAGGCGUCUUCGCAGGCGGAUACGCAGGAACUCGCAAACGUCUCACCCGUAUCAGCAGCGUCCCUAGUCUCUUGGACAGAAAAGAUCCACUCACUGUGAUAGCAAUGACAGCUUGGAAGUCGUCACGGAAACCACAGCUGACAUCUGAACUUGUGCAACAGGUGAAAGAGCAUCAGGGUGAGCUGCUUUGUUGCUAUUUUUAAACCAUGAGAUUGGGAAGAAUGUAAGCUUCAAAAGUCCAUGGAGUCUUAUUCCUGUGGCUGUCACUGCGCUGAGCAUGUUAUUUUAUCUGAGUCUGUCCUUUAGUGACAAUGACUCUCAUUGUUAUGUAGCAUAUGCCACAACAGGUACAACAUACAUUUUCAUCUUGGUGUUUUGUACAAAGACCUCUUACUGUAUGAUUGUUUAUGUGUUCCGAUGCCUUAAAUGUACAUGUCUUGGAUGUAAACUGUAUGUUUUGUUCUGUGCAGGGGACGUUCCUCUAAAAUGUUUUACUCAUGCAAUAUUAAAGUGUAAACGCAACGAAGGAAAG